AUGGAUUCAAAUGAUUUCAGGUAUCAUGAAGAAGAUAAUGUUAAGUGCAUAACAUGUGAGUUUGAAUACCGUUACGAAAAUAUCAUACCCACUGACAACAUUUCAACUUUAAACGAAUACGAGGUGGCUAAAACAAGUGUCGAUCACAGCAAUCAUGAGAUCGAGUAUCGAUUACCAGCGGUUCAUCCAUUAGUAAAUCCCGAAAAGAGAUAUGCAUUUACGGUAGUGUCUGGUGCAAGUAAAAACCACUUUUGCCCACUUCAAAGUUGGAUUUAUACCAUGAACAGAGUGCUUGAAGGUUUUGACGCCAGGAUAGUAGUUUAUGAUCUUGGUUUCACGAAUAAGCAGCGAAAUAAAAUUUUAAAACUUACCGAACGUGGAUACAUAACGGACUUCAGAAGUUUCAAUUACUCCACUUAUCCACCUUUCUGGAAUAUUUCGAAAGCGCGUGGUGAAUAUGGCUGGAAAUCCGCAAUCAUGGCAGAGGUAGCAAGAGACUAUCCCGGUAUUUUGAUAUGGUUGGAUUCGGGCACUUUAACUGAGCGUGAAUAUUUCGUGAGGAUUCCAGAUUUACUUGAGAAAAAUAAAGGUUUCAUUUCACCUCGCUCUCAAGGACGAAUGGAAAGAUGGACUCAUCCGGGAUUAUAUAAAUAUUAUAGUGAUGAUCACUCAAAAUAUGACAAGUAUUAUAACUGCAAUGGUGCUUCGUUGGCUUUUAAUACUUAUGAAACGGGUGAACUAAUUGAUGAAUGGUACAGGUGUUCAUUGGACAAGAAUUGCAUAGCUCCUCGUGGUAGCAGUAGACGAAACCAUCGACAAGACCAGAGCGUGUUAACAUAUUUAGCAGCGCGCCAAGGGAUGUUAUGCACGAUUUCGUGGCGAAAGUUUUGGAUGAAAACACAUCAAGAUGCAAGUUGUAAAUCUAUUGUGAAGGUGUUUGAGAGAAGAAAUUAA